AUGGCAGCCCAACCGAGUUCCCACGUCUUUGGAUAUCCUCUCCCCAUAGAGGUCGUCAGACCAAUCCUAGAGUUCGCCGUAGGAGGUCGAGAGCUAGGAGGAGAAGACUACGCCGAGCCACUGCACCUAAGCUGGCUCACCAUCAACAAAACCUGGAACGAGGUCUUCACACCCAUCGUCUACGGCAAGUAUUCCUUCGACGGCAACAUCAACAAUAUCCAGUCCCUUUGGAAGUUCACGCAACUCAUCGUCUCGAACCCGCGGCUGGCGGCCAUGGUCCGGCAUGUGACGUUGACGAGCUUCGGGCUCAGGACAGGCGGCUUAAGGAUGACGUCUAAGAAGAACCCUGAUAUCCUCCUGACGGCGUGGAAAUACGAUGAGAGCAUGAAGGCCCCCUUUCCACCUACAGCUCAGGACCCUGCAAGGACCGACGAUGAUGCCGUUGUUCGCAGGUGGCUUGUGGAGCAAUUCACGCAUGUCCUGGGUAAGGAGCUGAGGCUUGGGAGCUUUUAUUAUGCGCUCGGGAAACAUUACAAUCGCGCGCUGUACAGGCAGGCGAGGCCCUGGCUCAGAGAGGCGUUUAGGGCUGUCGGGUUCGACGAGGGAUCCGAUGACCUCGAAGGACGGGCACGGAAAGUCCUCGAGGACGCUCAGCUUUGGAACGGUUACGCGUGCCCGCUCUUGGCCCUGAUUCUGGCGUACUGCCCGAAUAUCAAAACCCUGAACAUCCACGACUGGACCGAAGACCAGGAUCCCUGGUUCGGCCGGAUCCUAGGCUACGCCGUCGGAAGAAACACAGAUCUCCUACAGCUCGACCAUCUCCCGCUCCAAAAACUGAACCGCCUCGUGGUCGCGCCCAGGAUCGCGAUUAUCAAGGAGGUGGGGAGGGAUAUAAGAGAAGACAGCCCGUGCGUCAUCAGCGAGACCAACAGACCCUUCUACCGUCUCCCCGCGCUAAAAGACUUCUCCGCGUACGUCGUCAAGUGCACGGCGUCAGUAAGCCAAAUCGCCAACCAGCGGCAGAAUGCCAGUAAAAUCGAAAAACUCACCCUCUACGCCCCCUCUCUCAAUAACCUCCGCCUCGAGUCCCUCCUAGCCCUCUGUCCAGACCUCACACAAUUCAGCAUCCACCUCCCCGGCGACGACGAGCGCGACGAAGACGAGGAGUUCGAGGAGAAGAACGACAUCGAACUCAUGCAGGGUCUCUACGCCAUGCUCGCGCCCUUCAAGGACCAGCUACAGUACCUAGACAUCUACCAGGGGCAACUCAGGGACGAGACGUUCGUCGAAUGGUUCACGAGCCGCCUGCGGAAAGUCCACGCUUGCGCCCCCUUCGCAACUUUCAGCGCCCUCCGCCACCUCAGCAUCCCGACCUUCCUACUUGCGGGAUCCAACUGCGGGACGCACCGCAACCCAACUAAAAUGGUGUCUCAUCUCCCUCCCAACCUCGAGUCGCUAGGCCUGUACACGAACCACAUCCAUCACGAGGACGAGUACAUUGGCGACCUGGCGAACGAGCUGCAGUCCCUCGCUAAUGGUCCUGCGUCACUGCGCGCCAUCGUCUUCGAUACUCUCGACGACAACUGGGUCGCUGAUUUCGUGGACUCGAGCCCGCUGCGUGAGGCUGCAAAGAAGAAAGGGAUCCAGUGGUAUGAGGGGGCUGAGGAUUUCCUGUUUUACGGUGGGAUGGGGACGCGCGUGCGUCAGGUUAUGCUGCAGAAUAAGCAUCCGACAGCCAUUCCUAGUUGGGUUCCGAACACAAAACUCCCGGCGAUGGUUAUCCCGCUGGGAUUGCAGGUGCAUGGUAUUAAUGGGAAGUUGGUGGAUACAAGGGGUGAUGCUAUAGUUGGCGAUGACGGUGACAUUGAUAUGUCCGGCUGA